UGCCGAAUUCAUCGUGCUCAUUUGCCCCACAUAUUAUUCAGGACGCGGAUAUUCCUAGGCAGAGGACGAUAUUCAUUCGAAACGGCAGCGUGCCAGCCCUUGAACGCGAGCCUGAGCCUGUAAUCGGCCAGACAAUAGUUUGGUGUCCGAAAUGAAAUCCCGGUGGGUUGUUGACGGUUGCUUCUAGAACAAUUACACAAGAUAACACACGAUGUUAAUACAAAUAGAUAGUGUCAGAUCACUCAUUCGACCCUACAAAGCAGACGAACGCAGACAGAGAUAGAAAGAGAUAAAAUAAGACACCAAUCUUUCAUUGUCUCUCCAAUUGAAAAAAACAAAUAGAACCCUAGAUUUCUCCUUCAAAUCCCUAUUCCCCCUAUCUCUUUCUUAUAAUUUCGAGUUGACUCCUUAUCUAUCGAGCUCUCAAUGGCGUCCAUGGCUUCCACCUGCUCUCCGACCUCUCUCCAGCUUCGCUUGGCCGCCGUGAAAAGGAGCUGUAAGGGAUCUCCUGCAGUUCUGAUACAGACUCGGUUGAGGAAGCUGGAUCCUCACGUUCGUAUGCUAUGUACAGCUCAAAAUGGGUAUGGAGUGGAACGGCGGUCUGACAGGUGUCCCUGGAUUGCUUCAAGCUCUGCGACGGAUAAUUUGGCAGGGUGGUCUGAUUCGGAUGAUGAUGAUCAAUCUACCGAGUCCAAGUCACAGGGGAUGAAAUGGCUUCAAGGGAUUGUGGUAGCUGGAGUAGCUGGUGUCAUCCUAGUUGCAGGACUUACCUUCGCGGCAUUGUCUCUCAGUAAGCGGAGCACUUCAAGACCAAAACAACAGAUGGAAACAUUGACUACUCAACAGGAAGUUUCAUUGGGUUCUAAUGUGGAGGAUGAUACCAUUGAGAAGAAUAAAAGUGAGGAAAGCAGCGUGAAACAAGAUGAUAAUAAUCUGGAACAAGUUACAGGUAUAGAUAUGGAUCUUUCUUCCUCUUCAGAACUUUCUGAAGCACCCAUUGAAUAUAAACUCAAUGAUAGGAGUCAGACCCCAUUGGUAGACAGUGACAAUUACUUGAUUAUUUCCCAUGAUACCAGUGAUAAUGCACCAAUUCAAGAGGAUUUGCAAUCUGAAUUAUUUUUUUAUGACAAGUCAGAUGCUUCUGCAGUGGUUUCCAGCUCAAUGAAUUUGCCUGAUUCUGAAAUUGCUGAUUAUAACCCAGCUGCAAGUAUACCUGAAUCAAUUUCUGAAAUUGAGCAAAAUUUGGUUAUUGGUGAACCUGCUAAUUUGUUGAAUACAGGACAUCCUUUGACUGCCCAUGAAGGGGAACUGCCUGGCUCAGAGUUAAAAGAGAAUCCUGAAGAUUCUUCUAAUUCCCCUGUUCACGAAUCGAGUGAGUCUGUGGAUGUGAGUAUUUCUAUCACUGCAACAAUGGAUGCUGUAAUAGAACCUGGAAUUGUUUCCAAAGAUGACAAGGAGACAGUAGCCUCUCUUCCAACUGCAGAAAAUCUUGACACAAGCAUCACAACUCAGGCCUCAACUGAGAGAAGUAGUUCAUCCCUGGAAGUGAAUUACUUAAAUGAAAGUGAAUCUUCUGGAACAGUUUCUUCUUCACCGUCAGCCUAUCCAUUUGAAAAAGAACAAGACACGGUUUCUAAUGGUAAGACAAUUGGAAGCAGAACAUCUUUCGUACCUCCACCCUUCAGCGGUUCCUUUGCUGGUAUACCUGCUCCAUCUGCAGUUUCUGAAGCUCUACAGGUUUCUCCUGGAAAGGUCUUGGUUCCUGCAAUUGUUGAUCAGGCUCAGGGACAAGCACUCGCUGCACUGCAAGUUCUGAAGGUUAUUGAGGCUGAUGUUCUACCCAGUGAUCUAUGUACCCGUCGUGAGUAUGCCCGUUGGUUGGUGGCUGCAAGCGGUGCUCUUUCAAGGAAUACGCUUUCGAAAGUAUAUCCUGCAAUGUAUAUAGAGAAUGCUACUGACCUAGCUUUUGAUGAUAUCACACCAGAUGACCCUGAUUUUUCAUCAAUUCAAGGUCUGGCUGAAGCAGGACUUAUCUCAAGCAGGCUUUCAAGUCAUGAUUUGCUUUCUUCCUCGGAUGAAGAACAAGGUCCAUUUUAUUUCUUCCCUGAAAGCCCUUUAUCGAGGCAGGAUCUUGUGAGCUGGAAGAUGGCCCUGGAGAAAAGACAACUUCCAGAAGCUGAUGGAAAGAUUUUGUACCAUCUUUCUGGUUUUAGAGAUAUUGAUAAAAUAAACCCAGAUGCAUGGCCUGCACUGAUAGCUGACUUAUCUGCAGGAGACCAAGGAAUAAUAUCACUUGCAUUUGGUUGCACAAGAUUAUUCCAGCCAGAUAAACCUGUUACAAAGGCCCAAGCCGCUGUAGCUCUUGCAACUGGUGAGGCUUCUGAAAUGGUUAAUGAGGAGCUUGCACGUAUUGAAGCAGAAUCCAUGGCAGAAAAUGUUGUGUCUGCACAUAAUGCUUUGGUAGCCCAAGUUGAGCAGGAUAUCAAUGCAAGUUACGAGAAGGAGCUUUCAAUGGAGAGGGAAAAAAUUAAUGCUGUGGAGAAAAUGGCUGAAGAUGCAAGGCUUGAAUUAGAAAAGAUAAGAGCCGAAAGGGAAGCAGAAAAUAUUGCCCUGAUGAAGGAGAGGGCUGCUAUUGAAGCAGAAAUGGAAGUCCUUUCGAGGAUAAGAAGUGAAGUGGAGGAACAGUUGCAAAGCCUUCUAAGUAGCAAGGCAGAGAUAUCAUAUGAAAAGGAAAGAAUUAGCAAACUUCAAAAAGAAGCAGAAAAUGAAAAGCAGGAUAUUUCCCGGCUACAGUAUGAGCUGGAGGUUGAGCGAAAAGCCUUGUCCAUGGCCAGGGCUUGGGCCGAGGACGAAGCAAAAAGAGCAAGGGAACAUGCAAAAGCCAUUGAAGAAGCUAGAGAUCGUUGGGAGAGGCAUGGCAUCAAAGUAGUUGUGGACAGUGAUCUUCGGGAAGAGAGUUCAGCUGAUGUCACAUGGGUUGCUGCUGCAAAGCAGUUCUCUGUUGAAGGAACUGUAAGCAGGGCUGAGAAAUUGACGGACAAGCUCAAGCUAAUGGCGGACAAUGUGAAAGGGAAAUCUAGGGAGGUGAUUCAUAAGAUUAUACAGAAAAUACUCACCUUAGUUUCACUGUUGAAGGAGUGGGCCUCAAAGGCAAGUACACAAGCGAAGGAACUUAAAGAUGCUGCUAUGUUGAAGGCAAAGGGAUCAAUACAAGAGUUGCAGCAAAACACAUCGGAAUUUAAUCUAGCCAUCAAAGAAAGGGCAAGAGGUUCAAUGCAAGGGUUGCAGCAAACCACUGCAGAAUUUAGUGUGGCUGUGAAGGAAGGCGCAAGGCGGUUUGCAGAAGAUUGCAGGGAAAACGUAGAGAAACUCACUCACAAGUUUAAAUCAUGAAUAUGUACCAUAUUGUAGCUUUUCCUAGGACACCAAUAAUAAAUUUUGCCAGCAAAUGCAAUGGCUGCUGAGAACUUAAUCCUCAUUGUAUUACUUUACCGAGCUUCCACCCUCGUUUUUGAAAAGUAAUUCACCAAGUUGGCUCUGAUCUCUGCCAAUACAGAGUGAACUGCAAAUUAUGUUAAGUUUCAGAUGAAAUUGAUUUAGUUUACAUGCUCA